AUGAGGUCAGGACUAGCAGUUAGUAUGCAAAAAACAAGUUUAUUUGCGUCAGGGCUUACCGACACAGAAGUAGACACUGUCCAGGCAUCAACAGGCAUGGCGCUUGGUCACCUCCCCUUCAGAUACUUGGGAGUUCCCCUCGACUCAAGGAAGAUCACCCUCGCAAACUGUGAACUAAUUAUCCAACAGGUGAAAGGCCGGUUCAACAACUGGUCUGUAAAAUCUCUCUCUUUUGCAGCAAGGUUACUCCUCAUCAAGACAGUCAUCUCUGGCAUCACAAACUUUUGGUGCUCCGCUUUCAUACUUCCCAAGGCCUGUAUUGUGAGGAUCAACUCUCUAUGCAGCAUCUUCUUGUGGAAAGGGAACCUUGAAGGACAUAACUCGGCGCGGGUCUCAUGGGAAACGAUCGUCUUAACCAAAAGACAAGGAUGCUUGAGGGUGAAAGACAUGAAAACUUGGAACAAAGCUUGCUGUCUCCGUCUACUCUGGAUGCUGUUCUUCCGACAAGACUCGGUCUGGGCGACAUGGUUCAAAGAAGUCAUACUCAAAGGCUGGAUCCACAACUAUUGGACCACUACUCCGAAGCAAUCAUACUCAUGGUUCACAAACAAACUACUGAAGCUCAAAGAUUUUGUCUUUCCACUAAUAAAGCUCCGGUUUGAAAUUGGAAACACAACUCGAUUCUGGUUUCAAAAUUGGACGCCUUUUGGAAGUCUCUAUGAUUAUUUACGAGGCUCUGGCACACGUCUGGGGAUCCCUUUAACUGCUGUUGUCUCCUCUCUACACUCUGAUGGCGCAUGGCGACUCCCUCCAGCGAGAACUGAUCGCCAUCUUCAGCUACAUUGCUUCCUGACAACUGUUCAGCUCACAACAAAUGAAGAUAACUAUGAGUGGGAGAUCGAUGGUAGGACCACAACUAAACUCAGAACUGGAGAGACACACUACCGACCAAAGAUAGACUCAUCAGAUGAGGAAUUCAGGUUGACCACCGAUGCCUCCUCUGCAACUCCUCACCGGAAUCGCGUGAUUACAUAUUUGGGGAAUGCAACUUCUACCGCCAACUAUGGAGUCUGGCCGCAAGGAGGAUACCGAUAG